AUGACCAAACCAUGGACCUACUUGAGCUUGAAAGCAGUUUUCGAGCAUGUAGAUGUAAAUAAGCGGUUCAAAAUAAAAUCACAUUGUCCAACGCUCCGUCAUAUCGAAAAGGAAGUCCCACUGCGUCUGAAGUACCUUUCAUUUAGAAAGAAUGAAAUCCAGCUUAACACAACAACCAUAAAACGAACAUCAUACAAGAACAAAGCUGGCAAAAAAAUAAAUGCAGCAGAAAGACUCAAAUCUUUAUUGAAAGGAAGAAAGAGUAUUCGAACUAAGGAAUUUCAAGUUCUAGAUAUUGGUUGCAUUCCGAAAAAUCUGAAAAUUUAUGCGGAUUCCGUGAACUCUGGAGAUUUGGACUUUUCACUAGUGCUCUCUUUCCUUGAUACAAGUAGCUUCCCGCUGAAAGUUCUCAAAAUGAACAUUUCCAACACUUCAGCAAGUAUUGAAUACGCCGAUAUUGCUAAAAAGUUGGUUAUUCGGACUGGUGGAUCGGGUAGAGGAACUAAAUGGAUAGCAAAUGUUUUGUUCCACCCUAGAAACCAGAACAUAGUAUUUGAAAACUUGCGUUUAUGGGCAACAAAUAUGGCUGCGCUUGUUCAAUCAUGGCAACAGAACCAAUACAAGGUUGGGAGGAUUUUCACUUCAUAUAACCAAAACAUAAUAUCAGGAUCAUCAGAAUUUGUGAGUGGCUUCGCCGAAGUUCUACAUUCUCGAAACCCAUUGGAAGAGAAGAAACAAAAGGAGAAAAGGCACGUGGAAGCUGGACGACCCAAGCCACGUCAAAGGCUGAUGUGA